AUGUUCACAUUUGCUGGUUGUGUCAUUGAUAUUAUUGAAGAAAUACAAAGCUCACUUCUUGGUUUGAGAAAAGUUUCCAUCAAUGUUCAGAAAUCUGAUCAGUGCCACAAAGAUAAUUUAGAAAAAAAUUUCCAAUCACCAGAAAAGAAAAAGUUUAAAAGCUCUCAACUGGCUAAAAAAUCUUUAAAGAAGUUCAAAUGUACUCUUAAAAGCAGCUUGUUGCUGUGUGAUCAGGAAAGUUCUUAUGAUAAAAUUUUUGAAAUUGGUCAGAUUGUGUGGGCACGUUUGUACUUUUGCUCUUUUUGGCCUGCUGUCAUCAUUGACGGUGCAAUGUGCGGACAGAAACAGGCCUCUCAUGAUAAUUACUGGGUUUUCUGGUUUGGAGAUCACAAGGUCUCAGAGGUUACUUUGAACAAUGUAGUGGACUUCAGGACUACCUUUGAUCAAAAUUAUAACAACAAGAAUUUUAAAAAAAAUUAUGAGAAAGGAGUAUCUGAAGCGUGCAAACUAUAUUACAGCAGAAUUGGGAAGAAUGCAGAUAGUGACAAAAUAGCUUUGAACUGGAUAAGUCUUUAUGACACUAACGAUGAACAUGCUGAUAAUAUGCUUAAAGAAACUGAUUUGUCUAUUCCUGAUUGGAUAAUUAAGAUACUGGACGAAUAUUCUAAGCAGAAUGAAAGAAUCAGAAUCGCUAAUGAUAGUGAUGAGGAGGAUGACGAUGUUAAUUCCAAUCAUUCAAACCAUGAUUGCCGUGUAAAACUGAAUAAAGACAUUGAUUCAAACACUGCAAAUCAAGAAACAUGGUUUAACUGGAAAUCUGAAAAAGGUGCAUGUUUGUCAUGUCGAGCUAAUAUUGGUGCAUAUAACCAUCCAUUCCUUCUUGGAAAACUCUGUAUCACUUGCAAAAAUCGACUGAUUGACAAUAUUUUUGUCUUUGAUACCGAUGGAUUUAAUAUGUUCUGUGUUAUAUGUGGACAAGCAGGUGAAGUGUUUUUGUGUGACAAGUUGGGCUGCAACAAGGUGUUUUGUUGUAGGUGCAUGACGGAUAUCUUAGGCAAAUCGCAAGUGCAUGCAAUCAAAUCUGGUGAGAUGUGGACGUGUUUCAUUUGUGAUCCCACUUCUCAUCAUCUGAUCGGCUGCAAUGGGGUCGUAGAGAACUGGAAGGAGGAACUAAACUACAUGUUUCAACCUAAUCCAUCUAUUCUGCCUAGGACAAGACGAAGGAUGAAAGUUCUCUCCUUAUUUGAUGGCAUCAGCACAGGUAAAGUUGUUUUAGAUCAGUUGGAUGUCGACCUUGAAAUAUAUUACGCCAGCGAGAUAGAUGAAGACUCUCUGCUGGUCAGCAAAGGAAGACAUGGAGGAGGUGUGGUGCACUGGCUGGGGGAUGUCACCAACAUUAACUCAGAAAUGCUGGAGAAAAUUCAUCCUAUCGAUUUGCUGAUUGGCGGUUCACCAUGCAAUGAGUUUUCAGUUGCAAAUCCUGGCAGAAAGGGACUGAGUGAAGAUGGUACAGGAGUUUUAUUUUUUGAGUUCUACAGAAUAUUAAAAGAAUUGCAAGCACUCAUGACCCCAGACAGGCCGUUGUUUUGGUUGUUUGAGAAUGUAUCAAGCAUGCAGAAACAUUGUAAAGCCACAAUGACCAGAUUCUUUAUGUGCCACCCAGCCACUUUGGAUGCCAAGUACUUCUCGGCCCAGAAUAGAUCCAGAUUGUUUUGGGGUAACAUUCCUAACAUGUACUGUCCACCUCAGUACAAUAAGAAUCUUGCACCAGAUCUCCUCAAUGAAAGUCUUUUUCCAGGUCGACGGUCUCAGGUAGUUAAGUUGAGGACAGUGACAACCAAGCAAAACUCCUUGUUGCAAGGAUGCAGAAAUGAGAUGCCUGUGUCUAUGCUUGAUAACAACGAAGAAAGCUUGCUAUGGAUACCUGAACUAGAAAGAGUGUUUGGAUUUCCUGAUCACUAUACAGAUAUAGGAGAUUUACCUCGAACCAGACGACAGAAGUUGAUUGGACAAGCUUGGAGUGUACAUAAGCUUGAAUUGGUUGUUAACCUCAUUUACAUUCGAUUUUGUCUGAUUCAGUUGAAUAAAAAGUCAGAAUGUUUAAGAAAAGACAAUCAUCAAAAACAGUUCAGAAUGUUUAAGAAAAGUAAAAACUUGGGAGAGAAGCGGAAAGCUUGA